GAUGUACACAAAGGAAAACUGCGGGAAAAUGACACCGACAAAGGAGGGUGUUGGAAAUUCUCAAGAAAGUGACGGUAAUUAAUGCUGAUAAUUUAGUAUAUUACUUUCUAAGUAGCUUGAUAAGUUCAAUAGUUUAUUUAUAAUUUUUUCCCCGAUAAUAUCAGUAUUGUUUUAAAUGCAUAGAUACAAAUUGUUUGUGACACACGGCCGGACUCGAGGUGCGCCUGGCUUCCUCUUUCUGUCUUUCUUUAUCUGUUUGUUGAUGAGUCAACGAUCUUUGUCAGCGCUGGACAAUGUUGAUGACGGGUGCUCCGCAGAGAAGUCAUCGAUGCGAUCGUCUUUAUUUUAAUUGCAUUGAUUAAUACCUUUGUCAAAUUGUCAAAACUUUCUAAAUCUGUAUAAAAUUUGGUCUUCAAGUACUUCACUACUAAUUGUGAAGAGUUGGAUGUUAUUUGAUAAUUCUUUAAAAUUCAUCUUUGGUGAUGGACUGAUUUGAUCAAUUCAUGAUUCUGCUAAGGGAUAAAGGGAAGUACAGUGAAAUUAGUGCACUUCAACCUUUUAUUUAAUUUUAUUAAGCCUGAAUAGUUCACCUGUACUGUAGAGUAAGAAAAAAAACUGUAAUAAUUUUAAUGGCAAUUAUAUUUAUAUUAUUAAAUUAUUAUAUUAUUAUAUAAGUAUUGGAAGAACAUUCAUAAUAGUAGGGUUGCUGCUUAGCAGUUACUAUACUCAUUUAAUUUUUUUUAGUAAUUACUAUUACUGCUUGUACUAGUACUCCCUAUAUAAUAAUAAUAACAUGGGCCUUCAACUUUUGUGAUCCAUAUAUUGAUUAGGUCUACAUAUACAUGGCAGUGUUUUAUGUUAAAAUAUAAACUUUGUAGGAUUUUCAGGAUUAGGCACUGUAUAAUUUUUCCUUUGCUUAGCAUGUUAAACAGUUUAAUGCAAAGUUAAGAUUAUAUUUAAGUGUACUAUUAAUAUAAAAAAAAUUUCACCUGUAUGAAAGUCAUUAACUACCAUGAGCUGGUGGGACCGGCUCAACGUUUCUUCCGUUAUGGCCAUGAGCCGCUGGUUGCGCCAAUGUUUGUAUGGUAUUAAAGGUGACCUACAUUUAAUGCGGCCACUGCUGGUUUUUCAAUAUGGUAGUUAAUCAGUAUAAAUAGAUAAAAAAUGCAUUGAAGGCCUAGUAGUGAGUUCGCACAUGUCUUAUGCAACAGAGGUUAUAAAGCUAAUUUAUUAGCAGUACAUACCAGCCUUUUUUUUUUCAACAACAAAGCAGGCUUGUAUAACAUAUGGCCCGCAGGCAGCCUACCAGCAUCCACUUCGUCGCCUACAAAGUAAUUAAAUAUUCUACUUUAUUAUUAUAUCCAAAUUCUUUAGGCCCGCACAAGUUUUUCACAAGUAUUACGGCCUGCCUUACAUUUUGAGUCAAACUGAAGCAUACAGUAUUUUUUAGACCUUUUUAUGUCGGUGCUUUGUCUUCGGACCACAACUAACAGUAUUGUGUUUUCUUAGGCGAUGCUUGCUCUCUUGCACAGAGUAGGUCCAGACGACAAAAAGUUGAUAAGAAAGGCAGGCUAUCUGCAUUUGAAAAAUUGCGCCAAGCUAAAGAAAAAGGCAUAAAAAAUAAAUAUGAGGUAAGUGAUAUAAUAUAUAUGUGGGUAAAUACAUUUAUUGUCAAAUGUUCCUUAAAUUCAUUAAUAUUUCAUGUAUUAUUAUUCUAUAUGUAAUUGAUUUUCAGGUGGAAGAGGAGAAAAAUGUGUAUGAAGUUGUUGACGAAGGAGAAUACUCAGAACUUGUAAAGCAGCGUCAAGAGGAUGAUUGGAUUGUUGAUGAUGGUAAAAAGCUUGUUAAGUAGUUGAAACUAAAAUGUUCCAUGAUUAGUAAGCUUGUUAUUUUGGUAAACCAUACCAUCAUUGAAAGUUUUUUAAAUUACAUAUUUCCUAUUGCAGAUGGUGCGGGAUACGUUGAAGAUGGCAGAGAGAUAUUUGAUGAUGAAAUGGAGGAGGAGGCACCAACAGCAUCUAGUAAGGUUCAUUCAUUAGUAACCAUCUUCACCUUAAAUCUUGUGUGUUGUUGCUGUUAUAAACAUCUGUUUAAACUUUUCUUUAGGGAAGAAAAAUCAAGAUCAAAAGAAGAACAAGAAUAUUGUGCGUCCGGGUACUAAACCAAAGCAAGAUAUCAAAUCGAUGUUUGCAGCCGCGGCUGUCAGCUCCAAGAUGAAACCAGAGGUGUGUUAUUUUUAUUUAUUUUUCAAGGAUAGUAUUAUUAAUUCAACCCAUUUAUUUAUUUUAAUAUGCUUAAAUAUUUUUAAAUAAUACAGGCUUUUUUUUGUUACAGAAGGAUGUUAGUUUGGCAAAUGAUGAUAUCUUGGAUGGUCUUCUGGGGGAUUUAAAUAAAACUUCAGUUCCUAAGCUGGGCAAAUCACUGGAGAAGACAGUUAUAAGAAGGUAGCUAUAUGAUAUAAAAAUUAUUUAGAUUUUUAGUUAAUGUCAAAAUGUGACAUUACGUGAGCAUACAACUGUUUGGUGCUGUAAUUACAGAUCAGCCUACAAUCCUUUCAAAGUGGAACCUUCAUCAGCUAAAGUGCAACCAGUUACUGUUCUCAACAAGCCGAUCAAAAGAGAACUGGAUUUUCCAAUUGAUGAGUUGCCUGUUAGAAAGAUGGCCCCAUUACCAAAAAAUAGAGAUUUUACAAAGAUAAAAGUAGAGCCAGGAGAAGAGGACCCCAGCCCAUCUAUUAAACAAAGAAAAGAAAAAAGCAAAACAGGUUAGCCCACUAUCCCAGAUUUCAUUCUUGUGAUAAAAACAUUCUAGUCAGCUAAAUCUAUUUUUAAAGUUGUGUGAGUUUGUUGACAUCCAACAGUUCACCCCCACCCAUUUUUUUGUGUGUGUGAAUACAGCUUAGUAAAUAAUUUUUAAAAAAAAUCACCAGCUUUCCCCACUAUCACUCAUGGUGUUUGUGUAUGUGUGUUCAUCCUGAGUUGUGUUCACUUGUCCAGUAUAUAAGAGGGUUUCAUUUUUUACUUUUCACUUCUCACUCUUGAUUGCACUGAGGACACUAGGUUAUUUUUUGUGUGGACUCAGCUACUGUUAUCAAAAGUGUCACCACUGACCAGGUUGCUUACUUUGGAUACAUUCAGUUUUACAGUUUAGUCAGGAUGAAAGAGCUUUUAGGUCCUGGGUCAUAAGUUGCUGAUGGGAUUGUGCAAGCUAGUUGAGACAGAAAGAUAAUGAGCAUUGUUUCAUUGGAAUGGAGGUUUGUUUUGUGUAUUGUCAUAGCUGUUCUAAACCUGGUUUGAGAUAACUGUUGAUUAGCCGACUUGUUUACAUUGCCUUUGAGUUGUGGGUCACCGAGGAUUGUUGGCUUGUGCUAUGGUUCAUGUCUCAUAUCACAGCCAAUAAUCCCCAGUGAAGAGCAGCCAGUAAUUCCCAAAAAAAGGAGAAAAGAUUACAAAAAAGAAAAGAUGUCCACUGGGUUGUAUUGGUUUGUGAUUUGCUCAAUUUCAUAUCACAGCCGAUGCUUCCCCGGGGGCAGCUUUGAUUUCAUUAAUAGUUUUUGUGAACUACAGCAAUUAUGUGGCCAAUUAUUCUUACGGGCGUAAUUGUCUUGUGACGUGUUAAAUGUCCCAUAUCACAGUCAAUACACCCCUGAGACUUUUUGGAAAUUCACCAGUAUACGGUAAAGUUUUGUCCUUUAUUUUGGUCGCCCCAUCGAUUAAAUAUGGUCAUAGAGGUUUACAGGCUGUGAUAUGUUCAAAAUACAUUCAUAUCACAGCCAGUAUACCCCUGUGAACAGUUUUAUGAACUUGUAUGUUGGCAAGCACUUUGAUUUUUUUCAUAAGAAAACUCUUUGACCAGAACACUGAACAUUGUGGAUCUACUACCCUGUUUGAUGAAUGUGAUGUGCUUUUUUUGUCCAUAUCACAAUCAUUGGAUGGGUGUGUGGGUUUUUCAUUACCUUUUCAUAACAGAAUAUCCAAGUUUCUACAAGGGACAACUUGUGUCCCUUCCUCCCUAUUUGAUGGAUGUGAUGUGUUGUAAGCCAUAUCACAGCCAUUAGGUGGGCAGGAAGAGAUAUUCCAGCAUCAUAUUUACAUCAACUUGUUAAAUUUGAGAACAGGUGUAGAAAGUUACAUACCUUAGACAUUUGAGUGCAACUUGGAAUCAGCUAGGGACUUUUCCUUGCCCUCUUAUUGACAUUGAUAUGUUGUUUGGCCAUAUCACAGUCAUUAGGUGGGGAAGAAGAGUUACCAUUCUGUACCAGCUGAUGUUCACCAAUUUGGAUAUUGACAGUCGUCACGAUUUUUUAUCACUAUUCUACCUGUUUAAUGGAUGUGAUUUGUUUUAUGUCAUAUCACAGCCAUUAGGUGGGCAGUAUGGUUGCUUUUUCUCAGCUUAUGUUUGUCUCAACCUGCGCAUGUAAUUUUACAUUGUUGUGGAUGUGAUUUGUAGUGAAGGCAUUGAGACCUGCAAUCCUUUACCUCUGAUGCCCAAAAUUUGGUACUUUAAAUAGUACAGUAAUGUCAGUUUAACCAUUUAGACUCAUACACCAUAUGAAAUGAAUACAUUUUUCUUCCCACCUAAUAGUUGUGAUUUGUUAACUCUUCAUAUCACAGCCAUUAGUGGGCAGAAAGGAGUGUCUAUGUCAGCUUCGUUAGUCCCCUAUUAUUUUUAUUACACAUUUUCAUUACAUUCUUUCAUUAAACAAUUUUAUCUCACAUUUAAUUAAUUGCAUGACAUGUUUAACUUUUUUCAUGACUCAUCAAACCCAUCUUUUACCUGUUUUAGUUUUUGCAGAUAUCUUUUGAAAGUUGGCUUGCUAUGUCACCUGUCAAUGUGGAUGUGGAUGUUUUUUUUUCAUCACAGCCAUUUUGAUGGGCAAUAUGGCUUGCAAAAUAUAUUCAGGUUUACAUCACUUAUCAUGCAUUUGUAUUGACAUUGUUGAAUUUGCAUUUCCUGUCAAUCUUGAUGUGAUGGUGUUGACGCUGACAUCACAGCCAGUUUGAUGGGUAAAGCAAAUUUGGGGACGUUGUUAGUAGCUUGUAUGCUUUGUCAGGGCAGUGUCAUGUUCAUGAUUGGUUUCAAAUGACUUUUUUGGAGGUACUCUCGCCACUUGUCUGCUUGGCUGUGUUGGUGUUGCACUGCAUCACAGCCAAACUGAUGAGUGGUGGGGCUCACCCAGCCUGCAGAUGAAACAGCAAGGAAAAGGUUGCUGGAAACAUCAGGCGGGUUGUGAUCAUGUUCCAUUGAGAAAUUUUCAUAUCACACUCGUUUGGUGGGCCCUGACGACUGUUCAUUCAUCAAUACAUUAUUUUUUGCCCAAAUCAAUUCAUUGCUGUGCUAGGCCACAUAUUUUGUUUUCAAAAUUAUAUUAUUUUAAAAGGCUAUCAUAUCUUGAUUAACAUCUUAAGGCUUCCAUUAUCAAUUUAAGAAGUGGGCCAAAAACUUUUUAUUUUCAGAAGUUGGUUCAGAUGAUUUAGCUGGCAUAGACUUUGAUGAUGAUGUUGAGUUUCCUGAAACAUCCAUCCUCGAGGAUAAGCAGCAUGAACUUGAAGAUAUUAAACCCAAAAUAAGGUAUGACGAUAUGUGUAGCCGUUGUACAUUUCUUCAAAUUCUACAAACCGAAAAAAUGGUCUUCAAAACAUAGCUCCUUGUGAUCACCCUAUUUUUUACAUCCCAACUUAAGUAAUCUCUGGGUUAAUUUUCAGGUUUUUAUCUUUUAUGUCAUUUGAAUCUUUAAUUCUGGUGAACUUAAUUCUUACUCGCAAAUUACUUAUGCAAUGUCAUGGCAUGAAACAUAGAUCUUUGUUACAAUCUUUUACCUGUUCAUUCUCGAGUGAUUGUUAUUACUUGUGAUUAAAAACAAAGAAUUGCAAAAUAAAAACUGAAUAUUGUUUUAAGCCUUUUUAGGGCUUGUUUUUUAAAUAUAAGUAAUUGGUAUUUAUGUAAAUGGGAAUUUCCCCUCUGUUCUAAUUAUUUGGAAACAGAAAUUGUGAAAUUAUCUAAUGGCUUGCUUUUUUCUCGAAUUUUUUAGUACACUUCGGGUGUAUUCUGGAUUUAGAAUAAGUAAUGUAAUAAAUCCUGGGAGAAAAUCAUUAAACACUGGGCUAGAAAAUUAACCAGCUCCUUUUUAAAAUCUGGAACAUUUUUUAUUCAGGAACAUUUCAUUUUGUAUUUUAUGGGAUAGUAUAUUUGUAUAUUAGUAUUAAAUUUAUUACAUAAAUAAAAAAUGUUUGGGGGGGGGGGGAUUAUUCACGAUACUCUUGAGACAUCAUAAACUUUAUUAUGGUACCACAUUUGAAAGAUUUUUUAGGAAAGCACAAUGUCUAUUAACUGUAUAGGGAAAUUUUUUUAAAGUCUUUCAUUAUUUAAUGCCCUACUGCAUUACCUCGUAAACUCGACCAGCUAUUAUUCUUUGCAAUGCUUUUGAAAACAUUUAGGAAAACGUGCAUUCUUGGAAAACAUGGAAAGAAAGAAAUCGUCCAGUUUUAAGAAUAAAAACGCCACGAUACAAGUUGGAUGCAGCGUAGCCUUGGCUUAUUAACACUAGUACCGGUACACCUAUGUUUCAACCAUAUAUAGCUAAACUUUUUACCUUAGGGGAUGUUAGCUGAAAUUUUUAAAAUGCAUAUGUUCAAGAUUCUGUGGAAACUUAUUUAUAUCAUAUUUAAUCCCAUCAGUACAGGUAUUUAAAUAUAAAAAAAAGUAAUAUUUUAUCACUUUCUUCUUGGUUCUUUGUGUUAAACAAAACUAUUUUUGCAACAUUUAAAAUUUACUUAGUUAAAAUAUGUUAAAUUUUGACAACGACCUCAAUAACCAAUUUGAAAUCGGCAGAUAGUACAUAGGUUUUUCAGACAGGCCAAAAAUAGCCCUGCCCGUGCUGUAUGGUGUGAUAAUUAUUUUUUACGGCUGAACUGGGGUGGGUGAGUGCAGAGAACUAUAGAAUGCUUUCCGAACUAUUCCACGAAGUAAUAGAUUUCCACAGAUAUUUUUGGAUCUGAGAGGGCCAUUUAAACAGCUAAACAUCUGAGUUUCAAUACCCUUUCACCCAUUUUAAGCGUGUGAUAGUUAUCAGGCUGCAGUGCUAAAUAGGCAUUAAUGGAUAUUAAUUCUAAAAAAAAAUUUCGUAAAAAAUAAUCCGAUGUAAUCCAAUUUUUUUUUUUUUUUAAAUGACGCCCUAAUUUUAACAUUUUUUUCUUAAAUUUUAUUGCUAAUCUUCGAGGUUGAAAAAACAAUCACCAGAAAAUUUAUUUUUACCAGUGACAGACUGAUAUGUACAUUACCUAAAUUUUGAUUCCCAAUUCUAUAGCAGAUUCAUGUCUGCAAAACGAAGUGAAAGUCAGUCAUGUAUUUAAAGAAGUUACUUUUCUUCGUCAGCUUCGCUAGAUUCCACUUUGACACAAUGUUUUGUAUACAUUGUAUAUAGGGUGUUUAUUUUAUUUAUUUACUAUUAAAAUAUUGUACUGUGCGAUUUUGAGAUGAUAAUGUACAUUUGGGGUUAAGGGGUAAACAGAUCGGUUACUUGAUAAUUUUGUGUAAAUUUGUCAUGGAUAAGUGGGAUCUACAUGAGUGCAUUAGUUUGCAGACCCUGUCUCUGCAUUCUAAUUUUAAGGUCCUUUUGAUUAGUUUUUACCUAUAUUUUAAUUAGAACUUUCAGUUGUAGCAUUUCAUUUAACAAAUUGUUUCGUCUGUUGUUUUGUCUGUAUUUAAUUGGUCUUUUAUAAUCUAAUGCAUUCAUAUCAUUGUCAGUUUGCAUUUACUUUGCAUUACCAAGGAUUUUUAUAGUACGUCUGCAUUUAUUAGAUUUUUUAAUGUUUUUUGCACAACGAUGAGACCCAAGUCCAUAUUGUCAAUUUGUAGCUUCACAUACGUCAAAUUUAGGAAAGGAAAAAAAAAAGUAAACACAGUGAAUGCAGGUUUGUGUCACAGUUCAAACUUUCAUCGAUCAUAAAAUAAGAUUUCCUUCUGAAGGGACAAAGCACAACCUACAAAAAAAAUUUGUUUAUCUUGAUAUUGCUUAUUUAGCUGAUGUCUAUCUUUUGCUUGAUAUAUUAACCGAGGUUAGAGUAACCUACAUCUUAAAAGAUUCUAAUAAAAAGCCAAACCAGCCAGCCUGGCAACCUUCUUUACAAAUGUAACGACAAUCCAGGCUCUCCAUGAUGUACAAGAUAAAUAAUGGGCUGGUCCACUGUUCCAGUAUUAAACAGAAACUCGUCCCUCUCCCCCAUAGACAGCGACGAGGCCAUGACAGGCAAUUCAGGCUCAUACCAGCAAGAAGCCAGUAUAGGAGCUGCUCAUUCCUGCCCAAGACAAUCAGGGACUGGAACAAUCUUUCAAAAGGAACGGUUGAGGCGACAACACUAGACACAAAUGUCUAUUGCCUCAAGCCUUCAAACCCCUAGUGCAUGAUUUCCUCAUCAACACCAGUAACAGAAACAUUGCAAAUCCCAUCUACAUGCAUAGGAGCCAAAAUGAUCAAUAAAUUGAUAGUGUGCCCUUAAGAUAUAGAAGAUAUGUGCUAUAUCCCUCUUUGCUAGAAAAUGGAGAUGACAUUAAUAUGUUGCCACAUUUUGCUUAGCUUGUAUCAGUGAGCUUCACUUCCGGAAUGAACCUUUUGAGUAGAUGUUUAUUUAUAGAUACCAAGUACUUAAAAGUAGUUGGUUUAGUUUUGUUGAGGGAAUCUAAAGGGAUAUGUAGAUAUAGUGAAAUUCUCCAACACAUCGUGUUAAACCCUUUACUCUGCAUCUAAAUAGAGACCUUUGUUUCAUUAUAUGAAGAAUUUAUAGGCAUUUUUUUUACAUCCUAGAUAUGCAAACCCUUUCUAUGAGGCUAGGAACAAUUUUAACUGUUAUCUUGAUUGCAAGACAUUCAGUUGGGGUGAAAACAUCAUACUAGGAUAUCUUUUCAGUCUGUCUGAAUUCACAAGCAACGCAUUUGGUUAAAUGGUCCUAAUAAGACAAGUACUUGAUAGUGACUAAAAGUACUUGAACAUGUUGUGUUAUGAGCUAAGACAAAUAGAAAUUAAGUAGUUUCGUUAUACUUGGAUAAAAGCUUGAAAUUGAUACUUGAAAUUGAUACAUGUCUUAUGCAGUGCCUCACAGACAAAUAAAAUAUAAAUGAAACUUUGUACAUUGUAUUCUGGCUUAAUCUUGGGUUUGUUUUGCUUCACCAUGACUGCUGGCAAACAGUUAUAGUUAUGGGUUAUUGUUUCUGUCUCAACCUUGUUGAUGGCAUUAUUCUAUAUUAUAAUAUACCUCAUUUUAUGAUCUAGUGGGCUCAUUGGUAACAUGAUAAAAACUAGGUGGCUCCUUUUCUGGCACAUUUAUGUACAUUUAUAUAUACACGCUAAUGGAAGUAUAUAAAAAGGCAAAGGGCGUCUGCGCUGGGCACAACACCUAGAAUGAUGCCAUAUGAAAAGUAAAAGGGUUCACCGCCAAAAUCCCAAAGGAAAAGGCUAAAAGGCAGACCUAGGCCUAGCUGCAUUGUUGAGAAACAGAUUGCAGCAGUUUGGAAUCCAAGCAUGGGAAAGUCAUCGCUUAGGUCUUCUUGCGAUAAAAGUGGAAGAAAGUUUGUAGCCCAUUGGGAUGGAUUGAUGGGUGCAUCAUUUAUUAGACUGCCCUUCGCUGACUGUUGCACCACAGGGAUUUUACAUAUGUAUUUCUCUGCCUAUGCAACGUUUGUUUAUUCUUUGCCUGGUUGUGUUAGGAAUUCUAUAGAAAACCUUUGCCACUAACAGAUACCAAAGAUUAGAUUUUAAAACGUUUCAUUUCAUUUUUAAUAUUUAUGCAAGGAAAGUUAAUUGCUAUUUUAGACAAGCCCUUCUAGACAAGCCCUUCAUAACUUAUAAAUUCUUCAUUGUCUUUGCGAAUAAAUUUGACUUUACCUCUUAUGUUUUUUUUUGUCUGUCAAUGUGACUGUAUAUAAAUCUGUGUCCCAUACAGUGAGGAAGUUUUAAAUCUUGGUUGGGAGAAUAUUUCUGAGAUUUCUGAAGCUCCAGCAGAUGUGCAAGUGGACUCAUCUCAGCUGCCUUUGGUCAGUAACUCGGCCGGGGAUCAGGUGCUUCGUUUUUAUUGGCUGGAUGCUUAUGAAGACACCUACCAUCAGCCAGGUUGGUCAUCACAUUUUUCAAUAUACAGCAGCUUCCAUUAUAAGCUAGAGUUGAUCUAAUCAACCUACCCAGCUUUAGCAAAGUUCUACAAUCUUUAACUCCUGAAAAAGUUAUUCAUUCACACUAAAUGAUUAAUGCUUGUUAUGAAAUUAUUGAAGUCAUCAGUAUAUUUACAAAGGCACUAGAGCGCCCCUAAACUUAAAAACACUCAAAGAAUUGAAUAUAAAAUUUAGGUAUAUUUAAUUAAAUGCAUGUAACAAGGGAAGUCUCAUGUAGAUGAAUAAAUGCAGACAAAAUGAAUUUUGCAGUUUUUGUGAAAUAAGGAAUUUGUAUUUACCCUGCUGAAUCGAUAAACUAAUUAGAUGGCCAAAUUAAACAAACCAUAUCCCACCAAAAGCCUGGCUCAGAUUGAGAUGAUUAAAGAUGUGACUCAUAAGUACAUGAUUACUGAAUGACUUCAAAAUAGCAGGUAUUUUCUGAAAUGUCAAUUGUAAAAUUCAGGAUAAUAAAAGUGCAUUUCAUAAAAUUUAAUUCCAAGCAAUCAAAGCCAGUGGAUCCAUCCUUUUCCAAGAAAAAUCAGUUGUUCAUAGACUUGAGUUUAAGAGUAUAGGCCCAACUGUCUUUCAUGUUUUAACCAUUUCACUAUCAGUAAUCACCAUUGUGGACAAAUUCAUUUAAAAUUUAAGGAAUACAAUUUCUUUUUAAUAAGAUCUCAUUAAAAAAAUUACACAAACAUUUCCUAAUAUACCCAGUACCAGUUACAUUGAGGUCAUUCAGUACCCAUAAACUUGAUGAUUGAUUACUUUGAUAUCACUUGUGUUCAUGCUAGUCUAGCAUACUCAAAGAGCACUGUCAUAUAAACAAAUGUCUUUAAAUGUCUCUUAAAUGUUAAAAAUCCCAAAAGUACUGAGGCAAACUUUUCAAUAAUUUAGACCCUAUAGUUUGAAAAGAGCGCAUUUCUGAGGCCUGUGUCCAUUCACACUGGGAACUCCCAGUAGGUAAAGUGAUGUAGAGCCCAGCCUCUUGAAGGAUACAUGUUUGGCAACAAGUUCUUUUAGAUAGGUUACUUAAAGUCAAACCCCAACUUAAAAUCUGCAUCUUUUAAUCCUUUAACUGAAUUUAAUACAGGUAUUGUUUUCCCUCCAUUGCCAACAUACAAAUUUUUAAUUUUAAGCUUAGAUUUUGUGGGGGGUUUUUUUACCUUGAUGUCAGCUUUUUAGAUGAGUUAAAAUUUAAAGGAGAUAUCGAAUAUUAUGUUGAAAAAAUUAAUGGAAAAUGCAAAAUAAAACCUUCUGCUCACGACUGUAUAAUUACUAGUAUUCAAUAGAUUCCAUGACAUGAACUUAAAGGGUUUAGUAAAAACACUCACAUGAGAGCUGUUAUCUCAGCUCAAAGUGGAAAUACUGGUAAUCUAUGGGAGCUAACCAAUACAUAGCGUUGUUUCUUUUGCCAAUACACUGUAUUGCUACUUUUGCAAAUACUGUGUGUUGCUACUUUUGCGAAUUUAUUAGAGUUAGCCAAUAGUGUUGCUACUUUUGCCAAUACAAAUUAAAAAGUGAAGCUAAUUUUGCCAUUAGUUUUGCCCAGUCAGAGUGCUUCUACUUUUGCUAAUCUAUGGGAGCUAGCCAUUAUAAACUGGUGGCUACUUUUGCCCCGAAAUAUUUCAUUUUUAGAAUUAGAAAUUACACAUUUGCAAAAUUUAGGAAAAUGAUUCUAUCUCAAUAGUGAUAAUUACGACAAUUUAUAAAUGAUUUUUUUGUGUGGAUUUCAUUAAAUGAGGUUACAAACCCACCUAAGAGUUGUUUCGGUCUUAAGGUUCAUUAUCUAGAACUCAAGUUUAGAAAAUCAAAGUUUUGACCCUGAUGGAUUAAUAAGAAAUGUCUCUGUAUUUCUUCAAAUAGAAUACAAUUAUACUAUAAACUAUAAUAUACAAACUUGAUAAAACAAGUGGUAAUAUAAGUGCAACAAGCUUCCAUUUCAUUUACUAUAAAUAAAUCCCAGUUUAUUUUUUAAUGACUUUUGUUAAAUUUCAUAUAUACAUUAAACUUACCCGUAGUUUAUAAACAUGGUCCCCUCCUUUUCUUUAAAAGGGUUGGACAUGCAGUACUGUAAACUUGGGAUACCAGAAGUUUGUUGGCAGGCAACUCAUCUAAGAGUCCCAUCCACCCGAGAUUAAUCCAAUAUACAUGUGUGCCUUUUAAAUGAAAUUCAAAAAUCUUCUACUUAUGACUUUUUACCCCUGUCUGGGGUAUUUGCUGUCCACAAGAUUUUUCCAUUCAUUACAGUCCUGUGCUUUCCUUUCCAGUUGCUUCCAGGCGUAUACCAUAUUUUGCAUGUCUGCCUUAAGCUUGCAUCUCGAUGUAUUCUUUGGCCUUCCUCUUUCUUUUUCCUUGUGGAUUGUAAAUUCAAAAAUGGUUAACCAAAAUUUUGUUACAUAUAAAAUUAAAAAUCGGUUAAAAAAAAGAGUGACGAAUACUCUAAAUUGUUAUGAAACUGUUAAAUUUUUUUCCAGGAGUUGUGUAUCUUUUUGGUAAGGUUUAUGUGGAGUCAAUCAAGUCCUAUGUGAGCUGCUGUGUGACUGUUCGUAACAUUGAGAGAAGGCUCUUCAUUUUACCAAGGAUAAAAGUAUGCUGUUGGUUUCAUUUACGGUAUUAUAAAACAUUUGAACAUCAUUUGAAAAAGAAAUGUUUUUCAUCCUUCCAAUAUGAAAUGACCAAACAAAAAUAUAUAAAGUACAAUUUGCACCUUGUAUUGCAGCGCAUAAAUUUGAAAACAAAUCUGGAGACAUCUGAAGACGUCACAAUGACAAUGGUUUAUGAAGAGUUUAACAGACUUGCAGACAAGAACAGAAUAGACAAGUUUAGAUCAAUGGUAACAUUCAGCCCAUCUCAGUUAAAUUUUUUACUUGCAGGUGCAGCUAUUUUGAUAAAACAAGCAUUGCAUUCUUUAAAUAUGUCACAAAAAAUUUCUUUACAAACAAUAAUUAAAAUAUGUUAAACAAAAUGGAAUCACAGGAAAAAGUAAAGCCCAAGGAUUAAACGGCUGGUUAGACCAUUAAAUUUGAGUGUUGCUUCUCAUACUCAAGGCAUUGAAAUUAUUAGAUCAGUUUGUUAGGCACACACUUAUGUAAAGGAUAAUAAGAAAAAAUUAAAAACCCAACCCAAGAGAUUAGUUCGUAUAAAAAAUAAACUGUUGAAGGAAUAUUUUGAGACAUGGUUAAAACUUACCGUUUAACAUCCUGGAAAUAUUUACAAAAUUUAUCAGACUUUUAUUUCAUUGAGUGAAAAACCAUUUAUUCUUCAAUGUUCAUUUUGCUAGAAAGUAAAGAAAAACUAUGCUUUUGACAAGCUGGAUGUGCCAGUGGAAGCAGAUUAUUUGGAAGUUCGUUACGCUGUAAGUGUAAAUGUCCAUUUGUUCCCUGUAUACUAACAAUAUUUUUCCAAACUAUCAAAGAUGACUUAACGAAAUAAAGCAAGCCCACUCCUCCAAUGUCACCUUCCCCAAAGUCAAAUGCAGUAUCUGUACUUUGAAGAUUCUUUAACAGAAUUGUUUGAAUCUGUGGCAAUAGAGGCUAACAUUGCAGGCUAUGCUAUUUUUAUUUGACAUUAAAGUUACUAGUUGAGGGACUAAAUCCUGGCAAUAAAAAAGUCUUAGAGUAAAAUAUGAUACAAAUGCAAAAUUUGUUUGUCUUUAAAAAGUGUUUAGCUGCCCUAAUGCAAAGAAUUCAUUUAUCAUUUAAUAUAGUACUAGUGCAGAAUGAAAAUAUCUGUAACAUUUUAAUGACAGAUGUUAUUUUUUAAUACUAUUGUACUUAGUAAUAAAAAAACUGGAACCUUUUUACAUUUCAAAAUUAAAUGUGACAAAAUUUUACUGUUAAAUCUUUGUAUGGAGUUGAUUUUAACUGCUUAGUGGGGGAAAUAUCCAUAAAGUUUUUAAACCAAAUAAACAUUACAAAAAUUUCAAUAAAUCUUACAGGCUGACCUACCAACUUUGCCCUCAGAUUUGAAAGGUGAAACAUUUAGUCAUAUUUUUGGAACCAAAACUUCAAGGUAUGUGCUGAACACAUGUAUAGUGUGUAUACUAGUGCAUGUUAGAGGUUGUAAGGACCGUGUCAUACCUUGUUUCAGAUAUUGCAAUCAAAACUUUUUUUUGUUCAGUGUGUUUCAUACAGUAUUACUUGAUCAUUUACAGUUCCAUCAGAUCUGGCUACAACUUAAUAUUCAAAAGCCAUUACCUAAACAAAACUUGUCUAAAAAGCUUUAAAAAAUCCAUGGUGCAUGUCCCGAAACAGUUUGGUAAUUUUAAUAAAUGUAAAGAAAAAGUUAAGAGCUUUAGGUUGAAGAGGUCACAGGAUCUCUGGGUGAAUAGUGAACUUAGUUACUUUUUAAUUUAAAAAAUAAAAAUUACCACCUCCAUAAAAUAUUUAAAUAUAUUCUCAUCAUUUUAGUCAUGAUAUGAUACAUAAAAAAUUCCAAUAUAACACCAUAGUCAACGUUUUACGCAUGCCAUAAGUUAAAAGAAAGAGUUUGCUAAAUAAUAAUAUAUUAUCUUAUUAACAUCUUUAAUGUGGAAAAGAUGUUAAUAAGAUAAUAUAUUAUUAUUUAACAAACUCUUUCUUUUAACUUAUGGCAUGCGUAAAACGUUGACUAUGGUGUUAUAUUGGAAUUUUGUAUGUAUCAUCUGAUCUCAAACUGUAGCAGUUAUUAAUACAAAUAAUUAACACUAUUCCAUUUUCUUUACACGCAGCCUAGAACAUCUUUUGUUGAAUCAAAAAAUGAAAGGUCCAGCUUGGCUUGAUUUGAAAUUUCCACGUAAGUAAGAAUUGUAUUUGUAUUUAUUUCAAUUCCUUUUUUUAAAAAAAAGGGAAACAUAGAAAUAGAACUGACAAAAAAAGGCUACAUAUACUUGAGUACACUAUUUUUAACAUAUUUCACUGAAUUCAUCAUUCCAAAAUGAAAUUUAAAAAAAAAAUUUAAGUUAUGGAAAACAGCUCAUUGAAUUAUAAGGGUUAAAUUUUUAUAAUGUUAACUCCCUCGCUUAUUUAGUUUUUAGUUUUACAGUAACUUUUGUUUCCAGAGAUUCCAUCUGCUGCUACAAGUUGGUGCAAACUUGAGGUAAGACAUCUGAUGUUCCACGCCCAAUCUAUUUUAUUCAAACUGCAAAACUCUCCCACAUCCACCAGCUACAGUCAUUCAUUUCUCUUGUUAACUGGGUGGAUACAUAGAUUUUUCUAUAUCAAAUUCAGCAUACUUGACAUUUAUGCUAUAUCUCCAUGCUUUUUAUUGUUUUGCAUGUAAACUUUCAUUAAGGGUUGAAAAUAUGAAAAACUUUACACUUUUUCCUAGAAUAUAAAAUUAUAAUUUAUUCCAUGAUGUAUUGCACCAGGCUGUCAUAUCCAAGCCUGAACAUGUUGUAAUCAGUGAGACCAAUCAACCGCCACCUCCAUUGGUAGUUAUGACCUUGAACUUGCAGACAUUGCCUAACCCAAAGACUCGUCAGAAUGAGGUAAAUAUAAAUGAAAAAACUUGAAUCAUGAGAAAGAUCAAUACAUUUUAAAAUGAUUUGUAUUAAAAUUUAGUUGUCUAAUACGUACUUUAUUCUUUUUUUUAUAUGUUGUAGUAGUUAUUUAUUAACUUGUAUUGUAAUGUAGAAAUAGGUUUACAACUAAAGGCUAAUUCAAGUAGUUAAAUUUUGCUGAUUUCUUUAAUAGAAAAUAUAUUUAUUACAGUUAACAAUACUAUUUAGUGAAUUAUAAUUUAAAUGCACUCAGAAAAAUUAUUGUUAAAAGUACGUUACCAGAAUUUGUCAAUUUUUAAAAAUUAAUGCUACAAUAAAUAUAAUCUCUCACCAGAUUGUGGCUGCAGCUUGCUUGAUACAUCAUGACUUUUACAUGGACAAGCCUGCUCCUAGCCAACGUUUUCAGCAACAUUUCUGUGGUAAGAAGAAAAAAUAGUUUAAAAACGGCUAACUUCUAUUCAGUUGUUUUGUAUUGGACAGUCAAAAUGAUAUCUCAUUUUAUUAUACCAGAAAAAAAAAUAUCCUUGUAAAAAAACAACAAAAUGUUUCAAUUUAAUUUAUUUUCAAAUUUAAAUUGAUUUUUAUUCUUUUUUAUUUCAGUUAUCAGCAAACCUUCAGAUCUUAUCUUCCCUUUUGAUUUCAGGGAACAGGUUAAAAAAAUGGUACCAUUUCUUUAAGCUGCCAUUUUGUUACUAUUUCAAUUGCAGUCAAAUUAGACAUUUUAAUUUAUACCAUGUAACAUCUCAAGUAUUGUAGUGCAACUUUUUUAAGUAUGGACAUAAAUUUUAACAUAAUAUAUACUUUGAAAGUUCAUAUAAAUUUUCCCCAGACCAAUCGUAUGAAAAUUGACAUAAUGCCAGGUGAGAGGGGGCUGAUUGGAUUUUUGCUGGCUAGAAUUCACAAAAUUGAUCCUGACUUAAUUGUGGUAAGAUUUUCUGUUUACAUUUUCUUCAACAUAAAACUCCUGAGGUUGUAAAUAUUAUUUCACUCCUUUAGGUUAAUUUUUCGUCAUCUAAUUCUGUAGGUUUUCUCAUGAGUUGUAGAAUGAAACUUUUUGAGUGUUCUGACAAAUUUUUGCAUGAUUUUAACAUUUCAAUGUUUUAUUCAGGGACAUGAUAUUUAUGGCUUUGACCUUGACCUGCUCCUCCAUCGCAUCAGUGCCAACAAAAUUCCCCACUGGUCUAAAAUUAGCAGACUCAAGAGAACCGUCAUGCCAAAGAUCAGUGUAGGUUGUUUUGUUUGUUGGGAGCAGUAUGUUCAAAACUUGAUUUCGUGGGUGACUUAUUUAUUCCAUGGAGAACAUUUCUAUACACAGUUAUGCUAGAAACACUUAAAAAAUUAACAGUUUUCUGCUGUGUUGCUAUUCAUUAUACUACUUGUGAUUUAAAAUGAAAAAAAGCAAGAUAAAUUAAAUACUGAUUAUAUAAAACUUUGUAUCAAAUGGACAUAACUGACAUAAAAAGUUGUGAAUCACAUUUUUACCCCCAAAAGAUUUGUUUAUUUGAUUCAAUGUUAAUCCACUUCUCACUCUUUCCACUUCUCAUAGCACAAUCAUGGGAGAGCAACUUUUGCAGAAAAGUCUGCAGUAUGUGGGCGGAUGUUGUGUGACGUGCAAAUUUCUGCAAAAGAGCUGAUUCGCUGCCGUAGUUAUGACCUCACAGAAUUGACUAGUCAGGUGCUGAAGAGCAAGCGUGUAGAGGUCGACUAUGAUCAAGUCAGAGAGAUGUUCUCGUAAGUACAUGUAUACAUAUUAAAAUCUCCCAAACAAGUUUUAUAAUUGUACUUAACAUAAUUUUUAAAAUUUAUAAGCUUCUAUAAAUCGAACUGUUUUGCUAAAGUGCUAAAAAGAAUGUAAAAAAUGUGUUAAUUAAAUUUUUUUUACAAGUGCAGUCAAAAUUGUAAUUUUGUGUAUGAGAAAACAACUGAUGAGGGACACUCUUUGUUGCACUAAAGCAUUGUUGUCGAAGAGUUUAUUAUGUCCACCCACUUGUGAUCUUCUGAGUGAGCCACAGUGUUUCAUGGUUGCCCUUAAAUUAAAUUUACUAGGUCCUCUUUAUGAGGAUAUGGCUUAAACCUAUGUUCAAAUUCCAAGCAGUAUUGUUAUUGUGACCAAUACCGGGCCGUUACGCUUUGAAAAGAACAUCAAAGAAAAAACAAGACACAUAAAUCUCUUGGCAACAGCUAAAAAAAAAUGUAUUGAUAGAAUGACAAAUCCAUUCGUUAUUUCCAAACACUUGAAUGUCCAUCACCAGAUCAGACCUGUUUACUCCAACUAUUUUGGCAUUUCAAUGAAUAAUUUUGUGAUGCCUGUUUACGAGUUUAUGCCCAGGCCUGUUGAAACUACAAGUUUAAAGGACAUUAUUUGAAAAUUUUCAGGUAGUUUUUCCCACAUAAAAAAAUUUAAAAGUUAAUUUUUUGGUUAUUUGUUUUAACUCCUUUCUAUAUCCAGUAGUGAAUGGAUUGAGAAAUAUGUUUUGAGUCCAUCUAUAAUUAUAUUGCGUUUAAAGAGAGGGGAAGCGGGUGGUGUUGAUUUAGAUGUUGUAUACAUACAGGUGUGCUGGGGGAGGUUUCAAAAUAUUUAAGCCUGAAAAUAACACCUGCUCUUUUUGUAAUGAUGGUCAUAUUUUUGCUGGCAUCCGUCUGUCACAAAGUGACAACGGUGUAGAUGAAGGCCUAGGAUUAUUCUUUUUAGGAUUGUGGAUGAUACAGCUUGGCACCAGUGUCGUCGCAGGAAUGUUUUAUUGUUAUCUGCCAACGGGGCUCCAUCUACGGGCUUGAAUUUAGCCCGGGGUGCUGGUGAUGUUUUUUUGCAUGACUCGGCUUUGGUGGGGAUUAAAAUCCAGACCAUGAACUUGAGAUUGGCACAUUUGUUCCUCUGUGUUUUCAUAAUGAAUUCGCCAGACGCAGCAUCAGUAAUAUUAGCAUAGUCGCCAUAUUGACACCCUUUAGUAAAUCCUCACUUUUGUUUGCUUCUGUGAAGAAUGAUGUAAUUUUGUGACAUAAUUUAGUUCCCCUGAACCGCGGCGAGUGUAAAAACGGAUCAAACUCGUUUUUAAAAAAUAAAUAUGAACGUAUCCUCAACUGUUCCGCAGAGCAGCAUUAAAUUUCCACAUUUUAUAAGAUCUGGGAGGGCCUUUGAAAUCUAAAAAGUAAAUCAAAGUUACUUGGUAGGUUUUACAAAUGAGAUCCUAAUUUUUUAAUUCUGAUUUCAUUAAAUUUUAUUUUAUGCGGAGCUGAUUUCAAAUUUGUACCACGUUAAAUUUCACUAGUAAUUUUUUUACCAGUGACCUGCACCUUCACCCAAAUAUUAUUUUUAUAUCUAUAGCAGAUACACGUCUGCAAAACAAAAACAAAGUGACCACAGAUUACAAUAUAGACGUCAGUUAUCUACUUUUUGGAAGUUACCUUUUUUUUUACGCCAGCUUAACUGGAUCCCACCAGACAUGUGGCAUGAUUAUUAUUAAGAAAUAGUUAUUAAGAAACUGUAUUGCACUAUUUUGAGAUGACAUUGUAUGCUUUAAGUUUAGGAGUACAAGGGUAGCCAGGUCUGCUAGGUUUAUCUUGGCCUACGACUACAACUUGGUGUGACAGUUCAGAUCGAUCAUCCAGAAAUCUCUAACAUCACUGUCUAAGCCACAAAGAGCUCUCUAUCUUAAAAAUGAUUUUUUACCUCCAUGGGUGGUCCAGAACUGACACAACCUAUUAAUCUAACCCUGACCUCCAUUUCCUGCCACUGGAAGUUCCUAAACUUCCAUCGUUAAACCCUAAAUUCUCAGAAGUCUAGAAGGCCUAAAAAGUAAAAUUAUGAAAAGGAAUGAUCCGUUCCAUCUUGAGAAGCGAGAAUCUACUAACAUGAACCUCCCAACACCUCCCUUCCCAAAAUAACAGCUAUUCCAGCCGCCCUAUAUGACGUUUCCUGAAAAACAAUGGAGCUCUGUUCAUUUUUGAUGUAGCCUUAUUCAGAAUACUAUUAAGGUUACUAUUAUGGCCCAAAAAUUACAAUGGUAGUCACCAAAAGUACAUGUUAUAAACAUUCAAGAAAAGCUGUUUGGUAGAAGUGUUAAAAACUGUUGGCAGACAUGAAACAAAGCUUACUUAAUGGUGUAAAAAAGACUGGUUUUGAUUAACAGUUUUAAAAAAUCUAACUCAGUAUAUGGGUCAAAUUUCACAAUAACAUUUCCAUUUUUACCAAGAUGUAGUAACUAUUUUACAGUUCAAGUCAACAACUUCUAAAAUUGAUUGAGCUGACUUUGAUGGACUCGACCUACAUCCUUCAAAUCAUCUACGAACUUAACGCCAUCCCCCUGGCCUUGCAGAUCACAAAUAUUUGUGGGAAUGUUAUGGUGAGAAUACUAUCAAAGUUGAUGUGGCUAGACAUUUAUUUCAUUGAAAUAUUCUAUGGUUUUAUGAGGAGUUGCCAUUCACUUUCACAUGCAAUUUAAAGUAAAUAAAUAGACAAGUUAAGUUCAGGAUUGAAAAGAAAAGACCAGGCAGUUUAAAGGGGCUGUUGACGUAUUUAUCAUAUGCAUGCACUAUGGAAUAAUUAGCUUUUUUUUGUUAUUUGAGGACCUUUGUCUUAACUGAUAUAGUGGGAAUAAGAUGUUCAUAUUUAACACUGCCACUUCCCUCAGAGAGGACAUAAGGUCUUACCCUUAUGUUUGUAGGUUGGUUACUUUUUUGAAUCUUGAAUUUGCAUUGCACCUGACUCGUAAGCAGCUGACUCGUAAGCAGCUGACUCGUAAGCAGCUGACUCGUAAGCAGCUGACUGGUAAGCACAUGACUUGAUAAGCUCCUGGACAACACAUAAGCCUCUUCUGCAGUCUCAAACUGAUAUCUUUAGAGAAUAAAUCCUUUCUUUCAUAUGCUCUUGACAUCUUUAAAUCAACUCCCUGACUUGUCGACAACAAACAACUUAAUUGUUAAUAUUAUGUUUUGUGAACUCUUGUUCUUACUCAGUCUAGGACAUUGAUGGGAGGCAGAUCAGAGAGGAACGAGUGGCUUUUGUUGCAUGCAUUCCAUGAGAAGCAGUACAUCUGUCCAGACAAAGAAUUCAAGAAGAAUCAAACUGUGAGUGAUUUGUUUUUAAUAAUAAAAUAAAUAUGCCCUCUUGGUUAAAACAAAAAGCAAUAGGCCCACAGACCUAUUCAUUUAAAUACAUCCUCAUGAAGUAGGGAUAGAACCUUUUAGGUAGAAUGAUGAAGUACUUUUCUUACAGCAAAUAUUACAUUCAAUCUCUUCCAUUUUGUCCAGCCCGUAGUAAUGGAAGAUGAUGAAGAACUUGAUAAAGGUGGAACCAAAAAGGCUGCUGGUGGCAAACGUAAACCUGCUUAUGCUGGCGGUCUUGUAUUGGAACCAAAGAAAGGUAACUCCGUCCUAGCCAACUCAGUAGCAUUUUCUUUUUUUAUGUUUAAGUGAUUCUUUUUUGUGUGUGACUUGAUGGUUUAUUAUUUUUUUUUCUUUUCCAUAAUGCUGCAGUCCGUUUAACAAAUCAAGAAUGUUGCAAAAUAUGCUAUACAAAAAUCUGCAUCCUUUGUAGACCAGACCUCCACUGCCUGGCAAUGUGCAAUUAUAAUUUGGUUGAACUGUUUGUCCACAGGUUUCUAUGACACAUUCAUUUUGCUGCUAGAUUUCAACUCCUUGUAUCCAUCUAUCAUUCAAGAGUACAACAUCUGCUUCACAACAAUAUCCAGGGCUCCAGAGUCCCAUACAGAAAAUGUGAGCAUCAUUCAUUUUUAAUGUUUUAAACCUUGUACAUCUCAGAAUUCAAUGCCUCUCUCCCUUAGGCAUGGCCAUGGUUUCAAAAAAUAAUAAAUGACUGUCAAAAAGGCUAAAACAAUAAACUAUAAAACCCAAGAGGAAAAACUAAUUUACAGUAAGUAAUUGGAAUAUUAGAGAAUUCCCAAAUGUUUGCUGCCACCUUGUCCAUGUCUAAAAUGUUUGCAUCCAUCUUGUCCCUGUCUCAAAUGUUUGCUAUCAUCUUGUCCCUGUCUCAAAUGUUUGCUGCCAACUUGUCCCUGUCUCAAAUGUUUGCUGCCAACUUGUCCCUGUCUCAAAUGUUUGCUUCCAUCUUGUCCCUGUCUCAAAUGAUUGCUGCCACCUUGUCCCUGUCCCAGAUAAUGCUGACUACUUUUCCCUGUUUCGUCAGAUCUGCUGACAUUCUUCUAAUGAUUGACCUGAUAGUUUGUUUUUGUUUUGAGGCAAAAUAGGUUUUGAUUCAUAUAGUUUAUCAAGUUGAAUCAGUAUCUUUGCAGAUCAGUAGCUAUCUCUGCAGACCAAUUUCUAUCUUUGCAGAUCAAUUUCUAUCUUUGCAGAUCAAUUUCUAUCUUUGCAGAUUGGUGUCUAUCUUUGCAGAUCAGUUUCUUUGUAGAAGAUUUCUUUCACACGAUUUUAAUUUGACCACUGAUAAAAUUAUUCCCCUAAAGUGAAAUUCAUAAUUUUAGCCAAUAUUCUUUGUUUAAAAUACAUAAUUACAUGACUCCACUUAGAUAGAAGAUAAUUUAACUUAUCUUUGUUGCUAUGUAUGGAUGUAUGUAUUAGUAUUUUAAAGUAUUGCUAGUUUCAGCACACACCGGUUUCAUAAAAUUAUUUAGGUUGGUCAGAUAAUAAUCUAAAAUAAUAAUUCCAGGGUGGAUGUUGUCCACCCUGCUGGGUAGAUGUUGUCCACCCUGCUAAAGAAAGGUAAUACAGUUUAACCCCUUCUAAAAACUUUUUACGGCUUGCACUCUCAACUAAAGCUUUUUGCAGUAAAAAAAAUGAGAUUUUAAUUUUUGUACACAAUUUAUCCUUCAUUUUACAAUGUACUAUUAACGAUGCCCAAUGGUGAUAAUAAUUUCCAAGUAAAUCUUUCUGGUCCACCCCUUUCUCAUUGCGUACCAUGCUGUGCUUCCAUUCUUUGCUUUCCCGUUGUGUGCUUGAUCACCUACGCAACAAAUGUACACAUUGGUUACCCACAGUGCUGUUUUUCCACAUGUGGUUGCUCUAAGAAUUGGUUGACAUCUUGAGCAUAGUAUGGAAUUAUUAUGUAUUAUACGCCUCUUCCCACAUUUGCAUGCUUAACAGAUUGCGUGGCCACAGCUGGUAAAUUAUAAUUUUAUUACUCAUUUUUUAUUUUUAAAAAAAGGCUGAUGAUGACAUCGCAAACAUAAUACUUCCAGACCCUGACCUUGAGCCUGGUGUGCUACCCACUGAGAUUAGAAAACUUGUAGACAGCAGAAAACAGGUAAAUAGACCAAAAUAGCUGCCAUUUAUUGUCAUUCAUCUUGUUUAAAAUUAUGAAAUUUAGAAAACAACAGUUUGAUAUAAAUAGUGUAGAGUGAAAGAGUAUGGCUGAAGAUGCUUGUUAUAUUCUGUUAGAUUACUUGCUGACCAAACAAGAAGUUGAAACACAGAAGAAAGUCUUUUUUUUUUGCUUUGGCAUGAAAUUUUGAAUUUUUAUGGGAAGUCUACACAUUUCAUCCAAUAUUUUCUUAGGUCAUAAAUUCACUUAUUGCCUUUACAGGUGAGAGCACUGAUGAAAGGCGACGUGACACACGAGCAAAUGAUGCAGUAUGACAUCAGGCAGAAAGCUCUAAAACUAACGGCCAACUCUAUGUACGGAUGUCUAGGAUUCACAUUUUCUCGCUUCUAUGCCAAACCUCUCGCUGCUUUAGUUACUGGCAAAGGGAGAGAGGUAAACUUUCAAUUAUCUCUCUUUUUAAUUAUUUUUUUUUGGACUAGAAAACUGUUUAAAGCAUAAAUAACAUCCCAAUAAUUUGAAUUUCAAGUGAAAAGUAUUGUCAAAAACGUAUUAUUGAAUGACAGAUGACUAUACUUUUUUUCCCCCCUAAAUUUUUCUUAAGGGGUUAAAUGAUUUGUUCCAUAUCUCAUAAUUUGACAGAUAUUUUACUUUUUGUUUACUUUAUAAAUGUACAAUAUACAUUUUUGCAUUUUAAAAUGCAUUUUAAUGAUUCUGUAAUAAUGUGGAAACAUAUUUUUUAAACCCAAUUUUAACAAUUUCAAAUGUAAAAAUUGUACCUACAAAUUUACUAUUUUCUGGCUUUGCCCACAGAUUCUUCUGAAGACCAAGGAUCUUGUCCAAAGUGUGAGUUUGACUUAUUAAGUAAUGUCCCCUUUGCUUUAUACAUUAUAAAAGAUAUGGUGUGAAUCUCAUUGUUGGAAGUUUAGUGAAAAUAUAUUAUUUACAAUAUUCUUGCUAGAAAUUUAGAUUGGGCCAAUCUAUAUAACCUUUCUUCAAUAAAAUUCCAUAUCUAUAUAUAUUCUAUGAGUUGCCCAAAGCUAGCAUAUGUUUCAGUCUUUCACUGAGUAACAUUGCCAAACUUAAUGUUGAUAAAAUAAAACUUUUCAAAAUUGAAUUAUUACGUCUCUUCCUGUAUAUUAGAUGAACCUUGAUGUUAUUUAUGGAGACACUGACUCCAUUAUGAUCAACUCCAACAGCACUGACCUGGACCAAGUUUUCAAACUUGGCAAUAAGGUCAGUAAAUUUUCACAAUUUAAGUAUCUGAAUUUUUUUCCCACAAAAUCAUAAAUAUAAAACUUAAGCCUUACAUAAAAAAAUAGUUGAUUUUCUUUUUUGUUGUUGUCUAACUUUAAUUUUCAGUAGGUUCUAAGAACUGACUUACUUUCAUUUUUUUUCACAAAUUUUACCAUUAUUUCUUUUAGGUAAAAAGUGAAGUCAACAAACUGUACCGCCUUCUGGAGAUUGAUAUUGAUGGUGUCUUUAAGUCAAUGCUGCUUCUAAAGAAGAAGAAAUAUGCCGCUCUCAGUAUCACCCGAGGGCCAGAUGGGAAGGAGAUCACCACACAAGAGAUGAAAGGUUUGGACAUUGUAAGAAGGGAUUGGUGCGACUUGGCCAAGAAAGCUGGCGAGUAAGUCUGAGAUGGCUAUAAGAUCAAUGCCCUGUACUUGUACUGUAAAAAAAAUAAAAAGCUUUAGCAUAAGUAGUAGUUGAAAAUUAUCUGCUCACUUCCAAUGACCUUUAGUGUUUAAAGCAACACCUGACAAUGAUCUAAAAACACCAUAUACACCAUUCAACACUGUCCUUUUUUGAAAUAAUAUAAUUGCUUCAGACUUCAGGUAAUAAAUUUUAGGAUCAUAAUAAGUGAAAUGUUGAAAGUAUGCUAAAGUUAACAUUAGUGACACAGCAUUUUAUAGAUGUUAAACCUGAUAUUAAGAGCUGUCAUUUUUCAGGUUUGUUGUCGGUCAAAUCCUGUCUGGGCAGUCAAGGGAGACAAUUGUUGAGAACAUUCACUCCCGUCUUACGGAAGUUGGAGAAGAAGCAAGAGCGGGAAAACUUGAUAUAGAGCUCUUCUAUAUCACUAAGGUAACCAGGCAAAUAUCUAAUGAACAUCGGGUAGUUAUGAUGAAAACCUUCUGAGGUGUGGUCAUUUAAUAAAGAAGUUUUCUAUGUAUUUUGAACACAAAGCAAAACAAUUAUCACACUGGACAUUUUAAUUUGAACUCAAGAUGUAUACAAAUUAAAUAAAAUGACUUUAUUGUUCUUCAUUCUACAUGUUCAGUUUUUUAACUGUUGCAGUUUUAGUGCUGGGAGCCUUAAGUUUAUAUUUGACAUUUCCAGCAACUGACUAAAAACCCAGAAGAUUACCCUGACAUGAAAAGCCUGCCCCAUGUGCAGGUUGCCUUACGAUUUAACACUAAAGGUGGGAAAAAGCUGAGGGCAGGAGACACAGUGCCAUACAUAGUUUGUGAGGUGAGUGCAAUAUGAAAAAAAAAAAAAUCAAGGCAUUUUUAUAAAUAGUUAAGUGGAAUGCUGUGAGCUAUUGAAUUUUAAUUCUAAACAGUUAAAAUAUUAACAAGAUCUAUUUUUAGGAUGGCACCACAUUAUCUGCAACCCAAAGAGCUUAUCAUCCAGAUGAACUUGCCAAGCAAGAAAAUCUUAAAAUAGGUGAGUUUAUAAACAUGCUGUCACAAAACCAGUCUACAAAUGGAAUCUUUUUAAAAUAGAAACAGUUUUGUCCUGAUUAGCCAGAUACUCCUUAAUAAUUUAAUUUAUACAGUUAUCUAUACUUCAUCAAAACAGAAUUUACAAUGCAGGGAGUUCAUGAGUUUUGUAUAUUUUUAUAAGUACCGUAGAUUGAAUAACAUUUAAUUUAAACAAUUAUUAGAAUAUAAUGUAAACUGUAAUUUUUAGUCAUUUCUUUUGUCAGACUUUAAAAAAAAAGUAUUGUUGUUAAAUACAAUACCUUAUAUAACUUUCCAUUUGUCCACAGAUGUUAAGUAUUACCUGGCUCACCAGAUUCAUCCAGUUGUUGCCAGGUUAUGUGACCCUAUUGAAGGCACAGACAGUGCACGUAUCGCAGAGUGUCUUGGUAAGUCCUGCUGGUAAAAUAUUAAAUUAUAAUAAGACAGUUGACGUCUGGUUAGUUUUUUUUUGGUAGUUGACUGAAAUUACGGAUAUAAUAACUUUAAUAAUGCCUGUUACAGGUUUAGACCCAUCUGGUUACCGCCGCACAACACGCCAAGAGGAAGAAGAGGAGGAGGAUCUGGUAACUUUACAGCUCACAGUAGAAGAAAAAUUUCGUGAUUGUAAUAGAAUUGUCUUCCCUUGCCCUUCAACUAAAUGUGGCCGUGAGAUCGUUUUAGAUUCUGUGUUCACAGGAAAUGUAAGGGGUUCAUUAAAAAAGCCUGUUAAUAUUAAUAAUUACAGAUGAUCUAGGCCUUUGUAUUGUGACAGUGAUCAUGCUAUUCAAAAACUAAAGGUGUAGAACUGUUUAUGAGCUACUGAUGCAUGAUGAAAUUAAGAACAUACUGUGUAUAUCUGCAUUAUGAUUUUUUUUCUUACCUUCCACUGUCUAUCAUUGACAGGAUUCCACAAUUCUGCCAGCUCUUCAGGUGUGUCCUAAUACAGAGUGUAGAGAACCACUCUGGAAGUCCAAAAAUCAACUUAAAAACCUACUGCAACUUAAAAUACAGCAACAUGUCAACACCUACUAUCAGGUAAACACAGUACAGUUAUCAGGUUGUUGGAUUUACCAUGUGAACUUCUUUGGUCACUCAGAAUUUAACAUAAAUAUUCAGAACUGUAAAAAAGAAUGGUCCAAAAAAAGUGAACUGAAACUGUCUUAGACCUAUAUAGAUCAUAAUCAAUAACAUACAUCAACUUUUAAUCAAGUAUAUUAUUUUUAUUUGUCUCGUGCAGGGUUGGCUCAAAUGUGAGGACACAGGCUGUAACGUAAGGACAAAUAAGAUUCCCCUAAUAAUGCGAAGAGGUCACCCAGUCUGUUCUGCCUGUAACAAGAGUUCCCUGCACUUAGAGGUAAUUGUUGCUUGCCAAGCUAUUGAAAGAAGUCACCGAAUCAUUGUUUAAUUAAUGACUAUACAAGAGAUGCAGGAGAAAGAACAUUUUAAAAUUAUUACUUUUAUUAGUUUAUCUCCACAAAAAUUUAUUUUGCCUUGCAUAAGACUUUUUAUGUAAGAAUUAGCUUUGUUUAAUUAAAUUUAUUAAAUACAAUACUUUUUUUUCAACAAUGUAAAUAUUAUUUUAGGCAAUAAAUAGUACCUUAGGGCUUGACAGAUGUGUUAACUGACAAAAUUAUUUUUUUAUGACAAAGUUAUGGUUUAUUAAAAUUUAAACAUGGAUUUCAAUUUUCAACUUCAACUGUUCUUCUUUGACUCAAAUUAGGUUACUAUACCUGAGAUUUUAUUUCAAUUACUACAUUUUUUAAUUGGUAUUCACUCCUCUAUAGUACACUGAUUCAGCAUUGUACAACCAACUUUGCUUCUAUGACUACAUAUUUGAUGUCCAAAAGGCCACAACUUACUUGAAUGAGAAUGAGAAAAGUAAUUAUAAUUUCGUUAUUUUUUUUUAACUUAAAAAGAACUCUAUUCAUAUAGGAUUUAUAAAAAAAAUUUUAAUAAAUAUAUACUAACCUCUACUGAGAGUUUGUAAAUGAAAUAACAUUUUUAAAUGCUAAUCAUUUUCCUUGGGAGAGAUGCAGUUUUUCCAUUGCCGUCUACAAUUUCAUUUCAUGUUUCCAUGAGUCUAACUUGAAAUAAUUCUCAGCCAGUUAAAAAGUUUGUUGAAAUAAGUACAUUUUAAACUUCCAUUUGAUUUGAAGAUUUAUACUGCCAUUUAUCAAUAUUGCAUAGCCUUUUUUUAAAAUGACAUUGUCCAUAUUCACAUUUCUUUCAGUUGUUGCUCGCAAGAUGAAUCCUGAGAUAAUGGAUGUGUACAGAGAGCUCAAACAUGUCACCUCUCGGUGGUUGGAUAGAAGUGCUUACUCCAAUGUGGAUCUGGGCAAACUGUUUCAAAAUCUUGGGCUUUUAAGGGUUAAACUUGAAAGAGGACCAUAAAUGGCUGUUAUUUCUAAAUUAAGAUUUUUAAAUGCUGAAGUGAUUGCUGGAGUUUGUCCCAAAGGGUACUGUCUGUAGUUUUUCCAUUAGAAAAAAAAAAGGUGAAAAGGAGUUUUUUUUGUGAAGAAAAUGUGAUAAUUUUUUAUUCAUCACAAAUUUGAAGAGACUAUACAAAGCUAAUUAACAUGUUGACAAUAAUGUACCCCAUGUUUAAUAUUUUAUGUCAACUUACUUGACAUCUCUGAUCCAUGGCCAUAUGCUUGUAUGCAUUUUAGAACCUUCAUAUGUAAGGAUAAAUGAAUACUGUUAUUUAUUCUAUUUCAUAUCGUUCUCUAUAGAGUUUUUUUUGUACCCAUGUGAAAACUGCCUUGCAUAUUUUGUGUUAGUAGUUUCAGACCAAAGCAUAAAUAACUUGAUAAUUUGUGAUCUAAACUUAUAUUAACACUGGCCACAAUUAAAGAAUUUUCAAAUGUUUUGGUUCAUUUUGAAGUUCUUAUUUUUAAUUUUUUUAAAAACUGCAUGAAAUUUGUUUCUAGGAUGUGCUCCAACAACUACACUACAUACAACUGAGGCGGUUUCUGCUUUUUUAAAAAAUGUAUAUGAGUAACCCAUGUUCUGGAUUGUACUGGGAAAUUUAUACUGACUGACUCCUGUUAAAAUUUGCUUUGUUUAUAACUGCAAAAAAUUGGUUUGAUAUAAAUUUGAAAAUAAAAUUAGUUCUUGCUUCAUUUGUAGAACUUAAAACUAAUUUACCCUGUAUUCAUUUGUAUGGCCAUGUUGUAUACAGUACUUCUUUAACUUCAUUCUGCUAUAUUUUUUCUUUACAUAUUGGAAAAAAAAAUAAAAUGAAAAAAAAA